UCGUGCGCUCUCUGUCACGGGGAGGGGAAGGAACUCGCUGUGUUCGGAUUUCUCUCCCUUCUUUCGGCUGGCGAUAGUUGUGAGCCGCCCGGCCUGCUAGUGUUGAGCCAAUAGGCGAUCAUUAUUGCUUUUACUUAUCAAUAGAACACACGUACACACACACGUGCACACACACGUACACACACACGUGACUAUGACGACACGAGGUUGAAGGCAUGGGUGACUGUGUUUUGUUGAAUUGGACUCGAAUCGUCGAACUUUUCAUCGUUGUUUUCAUCGUCGUGUGCCAUGCCAACGAGAACGCCAAACGCCUGUACGAUGACCUGUUGCGAAGGAGUGGUUACAACAAACUUAUUCGGCCAGUCGGCAACAACACGGACAAGCUUGUGGUCAAGAUGGGUAUUCGAUUAUCACAGCUUAUCGAUAUCGACGAGAAGAAUCAGAUCAUGACGACUAACGUUUGGCUUCGACAGGAGUGGACAGACAAAAAACUCACCUGGCUAGCGGCGGAGUACGGGGGCGUUGACCACCUGUACGUGCCCUCUGAGCACAUCUGGCUCCCGGACAUCGUGCUUUACAAUAACGCAGAUGGCAACUACGAGGUGACCCUUAUGACGAAAGCGACGAUUCACUCCAACGGCCACGUGGUGUGGGAACCCCCUGCCAUCUACAAAAGUUCGUGCACCAUUGAUGUGGAGUUCUUUCCCUUCGACGAGCAAAGGUGCAAGAUGAAGUUCGGAUCUUGGACCUACGACGGCGACCAGGUCGACCUUGUCCACAUCUGCGCCAAAACCAACGAAGCCAACGUCACCAUCAAAAACGGCAUCGACCUGCGCGACUUCUACCCGAGCGUGGAGUGGGACAUCCUGGAGGUGGACGCCGUCAAGAACAUCCGCAUGUACCCGUGCUGCAGCGAGCGGUACCCGGACAUCACAUUCAGCGUGCGCAUGCGCCGUAAGACCCUGUUCCACACCGUCAACCUGAUCAUCCCCUGCGUGGCCAUCUCGUGCUUGACGGUGCUGGUGUUCUACCUGCCCUCCGACAGCGGGGAGAAGAUCACUCUCUGUAUCUCCAUCCUCCUGUCUCUCACUGUCUUCUUCCUCCUCCUGGCAGAGAUCAUCCCUCCCACCUCUAUCGUCGUCCCUCUCAUCGGGAAAUACCUCCUCUUUACCAUGAUCCUUGUAACUCUCUCCAUCAUCGUCACUGUUAUCGUACUCAACGUCCACUUCCGGUCACCGGCUACACACAGCAUGUCCCCCUGGGUGAGGCGGGUGUUUCUCAGCAUCCUACCGCGGCUGCUCGUUAUGCGCCGGCCGCAUCAAGAACCGGAAGAACCAGUUUCGCCGAAGAAGGUUGUGAUACGAACAUGUAACGGACUCGAUAUCCGUAACCAGGCGGAGGAUCUGAGGUCAAGGUCACAGGUCGGGUAUGGUUACGAGGAAAAGGUGUCGCCCAGGUUACGUCGACCGCAUAACAUGGAGGAACUUUUGAGCAUGGAGUUGGGGGACGACAGCCCCGGUGCCGUGCGGCGCGCCAGGUAUUCCAAGGAGAUCAUGGACGCCAUCGACUCGGUGACUUUCAUAGCCGAGCAUUUAAAGAACGAGGACAGGGAUUCGUCGCUACCGAGGAUCUGGCGUCGCAAGUACCCGAUCAUGGAGGACUGGAAGUAUGUAGCCAUGGUGCUAGACAGGUUGUUCCUGUGGAUCUUCACCACGGCCUGUGUGGUUGGCACCUUCGGUAUCAUCCUGCAAGCCCCGACCCUGUACGACGAGAGGACGGCCUUGACCCCUGUUGACCCCAGCAUCAGCUGCUACUCGGCUCACUCGUCCAGAUGACCUAGUGGUCCCCGUGACCUAGUUCGAGUUGACCUUGUGGUCCAGAUGACCUUGUGGCCGACUCACCUUUCACCUGAGUAAGCUGACCAGACGAUAGACAUAACGCUAGACUCACGUCUGGGAAUGUCAGUCUCUCACGCUAUAGCGGUCAUGCGCAGUAGUGGUAGUCGAUGACCUAGAGUAAUUAGCAUAGAUAGCCCCGCCCAUCGACAAGAUUUCAAGAUGAACAUAUUGUUGAUCUCGUGAUUUGACUUUUUGUUUCUUGAAUAUUUAUCCGGGAAUAUUUAGGGAGUCAUGUGACUGAAUGCCCCACCCCUAAAAGUGACUUUCUUCACUCUAAAUCUACUGCCAAUGUUAUGUACCUAUACAUUGUCUCUUUAACACUUAGUUAUAUCUAUGUUAAGCUUAGGAUUUGUUUGUUAGUUUCCACUACAAGCCAGACAUGUGACCUUAUAUUGUAUGUCACUGCGCAUGCCUGUCAUGGCCCACGUCACAACACUUGACAUACAGAUCUUUUCAGUGACGUCCUGAGCCUGUAAGUUUCUACAAGUAGGUUUUUAGUUUGCGCGUCAAAAGUUAAUAAAUUCCGAGGGUUCCAACCACCGGAAGUAAUUUUUGUGGCUUGGUUGCUAGGGUAAACAAAUUUUAACCUGGAGAUUUCCUAGAGUGCGAUGCUCGAGUCAGAGUUGAACAUCCCCGCUAGCCAUUCCUGCACUCAGUCUGGUAGUAGUCUCUACCCUCAGGCUAGUGGGGUGAGCAGAGGCACUUCAAAGCUUGACCUGUGGCCAGUGGGGGGUGAGCAGAGGCACUUCAAAGCUUGACCUGGGGCCGGCACUUGUGGUAAACAGGUACUUAUACCACGUGAGUGGCCCGGGGAUAGCGCUCUUCUCUGCUCGUGAAGCAGAUAUAAGUUUCCUGACGUCGUCUCUUGAUCUUCUGUUGUGUGGGGCUGGUCACACGUACGACUUGUGCCGUGUUGGGUUGGUCUCGAGUAGUACUUGUUCUGUGUGAGAUUAGCCCCACAUAGAUCUUGUUAUGUGUGAGAUGUGUUACUAUAAACUUGUAUCGGUAAAUCUACUUUAACUUCUCAGCAAAACUAGAUUACCUUUUGGUUUAACACCCUGGGGACGGGGAUCAAUGCUGUGUAUGGGUGGGAUAUAGUCAAAUCUGAUGUAGGGUGGGAGUGUUUACGUUACAACUCCCGUGGGUAGUCUUAGUUACAGCUCCCGUGGGGUAGACCUAGUUACAGCUCCCGUGGGUAGCCUUACAGCUCCCGUGGGGUAGUCUUACAGCUCCCAUGGUAGUCCUAGUUACAGCUCCCGUGGGUAGUCUUACAGCUCCGUGGGUAGUCCUAGUUACAGCUCCCGUGGGGUAGACCGUUACAGCUCCCGUGGUAGUCUUAGUUACAGCUCCCGUGGUAGUCUUAGUUACAGCUCCCAUGGGGUAGACCGUUACAGCUCCCGUGGUAGUCUUAGUUACAGCUCCCGUGGUAGUCCUAGUUACAGCUUUCUGCUGUCUUUAACAGCUGCUGCGACGUCUUGUGUUCGCUGGACCAUGACGAGCCGGAUCCUGUAGAUUCCAGUCAUUAAGGUGGCUUUAUUAGAUGUUAAUUAGACAUCAGUCGAGCAGAUCACGUGACAACCUCACAUCUCAUCUGUGUGCUGGUUGUGUACGGGCGGUCA